AUGAUCGACGACUGCGUCGCGGUCAAGUAUCACCACAACGAAAAGACCAAGGGUAAAGAUGAAGUCGUGAUGAUAGAUCACCACGACCACGACCACGAGAACAAGAGUCUCGUCGUGAUGAAUGUGCUUCACCACGGCAAUGAGAACGAGAGCAUCGUGGCGAACGUGUACAACCACGGCCACGAGAACGAGAUAGUCGUGGUAGAUAUGCAUCACGACCAAGAGAAGGAGAGCGUCCUGAUAGAUCCACAUCACGACCUUGUGGACGAGAGUUGUGUCGCAGUAUUGACGCGUCACGAAAAUUGCGGUCUUCCACUUAUUCGAACUGAUUUCAUAACUUCCAAUCUAGAGCAGUUCAAAUUCGCUGAGUAG